AUGGAAGCCCAUCAAUUGUCAACUCAACGACUGAAUCAGCAAGCCGCAAAAGAGAUGCGAUACAUCAAUCCUGACACACCACUCCCCUCAAUAGAGCCAGAGAGUUAUCUGGAGCCAGAUCUUAUUUUCGAUGAAGAUCAUCCGGAUAUUAAGCUGCGUUCGGCUCCUAUAUUCAUCGAUGAUGGCGUGAUCGUUGGCUUUUGGUACACAGAUCGAGGCGGAAAUGGAAAACGACCGGUGUAUUGCUUUAUUAACGAAGGUUUCAAAUUCGCAUACCGGAAAGGAGACUCUUUCAUUCUCACAACGGACGACGAUUUUGAUCUCCUGGAUGAUCUCGGUGACUGGCUGGAUGAAUAUGCCGAAGAUAAGGACGCCAUGAGUCCAGAGGCAGUGAAAGUGUGGGCAGAUAUGAUGUGGGAGAGCAGAGUCUAUGCCGGAACCCAGGAGAUGACACUUGAAUAUUGACGGGAGAGCAGAGUUUAUGCCCACCCGGACAUGACACUUGAGGUUUGACUAUCUUUAACGUGUAUAUAGGGGAAAUGGCAAUGAACAAAAGCGCGCACCAGUUUUACAAUCAGCUGGAAUAGCGAUAAGAAUCUGGCUAGAGGUAUUUGAGGCUGGAUUGACGUUACCAAUAGAUGACAAUUGGCUGAAUCGGCGUGUUACCGCACACCGGAGCCC